AUGAAUAUUUCAUCCCUAGAGGAGGCAAGUAAGCAUUCUACCUUAAGACCUCUUCCAGAAGGACUAGCUAGUAUGGAAUAUGCUGAGGAACAUGUAUAUUUUAUGGCCCCACAACGUCCUUUUCUGCUAAGAGCAAUGCAGCCAGGUUUCCCUAAUGAGUAUUUUCCUAGUCAAAGUCAAACCUUUCCCAAUUCAAAUACAUGGUAUGGGGGCUGGCAACAACCUUCAUCCUAUCCUCAGUGGUCCCAAAAUUACCAGUUGGGAACACAACUGUGGCAACAGGCAUGGAGGCCGCAUGCACCACCACCUACAUCAUAUCCACAACCAUACACCCAACCCUAUCCACCUCAAACUCAAUUUCCACCUCCACCUUUAAUAAAUCCUUAUCAACAACCACAACAAUUCCUUCCACCUAUUCCAUCAUCCUCCUCUAAUCCACUACCUAACCCACCACAACCACCAAAGCCAACAUCAAUGCCCACUCAACCAAAUCACAAUCCUAAUAAUAAGCCAUCCCAACCCAUGUAUAAUAAUGAGGUGGUAGGUUAUCCCACUUAUCCAGUUAAUACAGUAGAACUGGAAGGAGUACAAUUGAGGUCGGGAAAAGCCCUCCAAGGUCCCACAAUCACAGAAAUAAAUGAAGAACCUAAAGUGGAGUCCAAAAAAGAACCUCCAUUUCCUGACCAGUUGCUUUCUAAACCUAUACAAAAGGAACCUACGCAAACUGAAUUCGAUCUCAUUAAUGAACUCCGCAAUGUUAACAUUAAGAUUCCUUUGUUGAAAAAGAAGAAAGAAGAUCCAAAAACUGUUCAAGUUAUUGGGCAAUUGGCAGAUCUUAUGCUUGACAAUUUGACAAUUCCCAAAUAUGCAGAUCCCGGAAGCCCAGUAAUCCAGGUAAGCAUUGGUAAGAUUACUAUUCCUAAUACACUUGUGGAUUUGGGUGCUGUAAUUAAUGUAAUGACUAAUGAGACCAAAACAAAAUUAUCUCUUGAAGGACUUAGGCCCACACCUACAGUUCUCCAGAUGGCUGAUCGUUCACUGGUCAAGCCUGUAGGGGUUAUUGAAGAUGUGGUCCUUUCUAUUGAUUCAUGGAAUUUUUCAACUGACUUUAUGAUCUUGCAACCGAAAGUUAAGCUGGGGGGAUAUCCCUUAAUAUUAGGAUGA